CACAAUAAGGGGAAGGCCCAAUGAUCUCACAGGAAAGAGGUCAAACCUUGCUUUGUCUGUAGUAGCAAUCAGUGCUGUUUGAAAAAAAGCAUGUAGAGGAGGAAAUGGUUUAGAUGCGCAUGGAUGCACAGCCGCAGCACUGCCUUUUCAAAUAACCCAACAGCAAUGAAAACCAGUGAAGUCUUAAGCUAAACCAAGAGGCUAAACUAAGCAGGACACAUUAUUAUACAGUAGGGUCUAAGGAUGAGUGAAAAACCCAUCAGUGAAACUGAAGACUCCAGAAAUCAUAGCAGAUUACUGCCUACCAGCCACAAUGAAAACUCUUUGAGCCAAGCAUUACCACACUCUAGUAGCUAUGCCUUUGGUGCAGUAUCUGGGUUCUUAUCUACUAUUGUGACAUUUCCUAUAUACAAGACAAUAUUUCGUCAGCAGAUCCAUACUUCCAAAAUACGUGAAGCAGUAAAUCAACUUCGUCUGGAGGGUUUUGUCAAGUUCUACAGGGGAUUACUGCCUCCACUUCUUUCCAAAACUGUCCAGGGAACUGUUUUAUUUGGCAUUCAUGAUAGUGUAUUUAACUGGAUGUCUUCAGGAAUACCAGAGCGACAUCUGGUGAGAAAUCGUUGCAUAGCAGGCUUUAUUUCAGGAUGUGUUGAGGCUGUACUUCUUGUUCCUUUUGAGCGAGUGCAAAACAUCCUUCAGGACAGCAGGAAAGAUACCAGAUUCCCUAAUAUUCAGAGCAUCUGUAGGGAAUUUAAUUCCUACAGUCUAGAAGAAAGAAUAAGAUCUGGGUAUUAUCGUGGCUUUUUCCCUAUCUUACUCAGAAAUGGGAUGGGUAGUGCUUUGUACUUCACCUUCAAGGAUCCAAUCCAAGGUACCCUUUCUCAGUGGGGCUUGCCUUCUGGUUUCCCUGCUUUUGUGUCUGGAAGUAUGAAUGGUGUUCUGGUCUGUCUCAUUCUUUACCCUCUGAGUGUCCUCAUUGCCAAUAUGCAGUCACAAGUUGGAAGGGAAAUGAAAGGUGUUCGUGACAGCAUUUCAUUCACUUGGGAGUCCCGAGAAAAGAAAGUGACUUUACUUUACAGGGGUGGAUCUCUGAUAAUUCUCAGGUCCUGCCUUACAUGGGGUCUUACCACCGUCAUCUACGAGCUGUUAAAGGGCAACAAAAAUGUUGACAGCAUUAAAUGUAAAGCUUGACAAUUUUUAUAUGCAAUUAACAGACUUUUUUUUGUUAACAGAGACUCAUUUUACAGCAUAAAAGGCACACUUGGGUAUCCUUCUCUGCGUAAAAUUAGACCUCUUUUCCUAAAGACAUAUUUAUUUCACAGAUGACAAAAAAAUGAUACAAUGAUGCUAGAUGAGUCACUCUGUUGCUAUGGUAUCAGAUCUUUAUGUCUCCGAACUUCAACCUCAAAUUAAAAUACUGAAUGCAUGCACCCUGUUAGUAACAGA